AUGGAAGAUGCUGGAGAUGAGAGGUGGGGGAGCUGGAGGGUAGAUGAGAAGCAGAGAGGAGGGGAUAUAAUUCGCCAGCUCUGCUCUGACCCCCUCGCCUCAUUCACUUUCUUUGAUAACUGGGCUACCUCUUAUCCACCCAUCUUGCCCUUCGAUCUCUGCUUUGUAGCUUUUACCUUGCGACACCCCGCCCGCCCAUCGCCCAAAAUGCUUUUCCUCCCGCUUCAACCCUGCGACUCUUCGCCCCUCACACCGGCUGACAGGGACAUCUUGAAUCAAUAUCGGAGCGUGAUCCACGUCAGACCAAGCACAUCGUCUGCCCACGACCGUCUCACCCUGGCGACCUCCUCAUCCGCCUCCAUCAAAGAGCCAACCGAUCGACAAUUCUCAGUUUUUGACUGUAUCGAUCCGCGAGUCCUUCACUCGUCUCCCUCCCCCGUAUCGACUUGGUCCACCACCACGGCUACUACACUCAAUGGGAGCUAUACCCAGUUAUCUGCCGUCCUACCCACCACACGCGGCCCGAUUCCUCCAACCGCAUCUAUGGUUGAGUCAUCGCUGGACGACGUGGAUACCGCCUCCGAAUCGGACAGUGAAGAGGAGUAUCUGCCCGAGCUCGUGCCCAAGUCCACGCAGACCUCGCUUCGACAAGCUGCUAUCAUCAUCGAGCGGGCAGCAACUCCACUCCUGAAGGUCGAGGGAGGCGGAGCGGCGGUUCCACAGGGUCAGACAGCCCCUGGUCCCGCUCGAAAGACCAUACUCAGGGGUCUCAAAACUCGGCCGAGUCCCUACUCGCCGGUCAAGCCCUCCGCCACUCCGAAGACCGGAUGCGACACCGCACCUCCCGCGCCCGCUCGAUCUGCCAUAAGGGUCGCCCUCCCUACACCCUCAGCCACACCCAGCGCGAAGCCCGGCAGAUCGACCGGUGCGUUCACCCCGACCGUCGCCGAAGGUCGACAGAGGCGGACCACUUCCUCGUCACCCGAAAAGAUCAACGCGGCCAUGGCGCCCACCCCCUCCCCGACUCCGCCCCGGAGCGUGCGAAGGCGGCGUAACCCGAUCUACACUCCCACCCCACCUCCCUCGUUCGAUGCGCCCGCCUCCUCUGCUUCGCCGGAAGGGGACGACGACGGAGAGUACGAAGGAAGCCCCGCGCCGACUGCGGCGACAAAGCGGAAGCGCGCCCAGGCUGGUCGGGACUCCGAGAAGCGGGGCCCGCAGAACCAGAGGGCGCAACAGAGGUAUCGGGAGAAGAGCAGCACGAUCAACGGAGUGAGCCGCGAGGCUAUGGCUCUCAGCGCGGCGAUGCUUGACUUCCUCGCCCCGUGCCCGGCUCUCAAACAUCUGCGCAAGGAACUUACCCGGUUCACUGCGGUCAUCAAGGACGCAGACGGACCGAAAGGUCUGCAGACCGUCGCGUAUGAUCAGAAGGUCCGCGACCUCAAAACUCAGUUGUCGGACAAGUUCGGCAAGGCCUAA